UGUAUAGUUUACUACAUCAACUGCUCGAGUAUACAAUCAGUUCAUUAGUACAUGAUCGUAUAAAACUGAUUCAUUAUUACAACUUGCAAAUAACAUGUCAGCAACAAUAACCAUUGCCAUUAUAUUAACAUGUUCUUUGAUUGGAGCUAUGCUUCUCUCUGCGCUGACGGGAUACCUUAAUCGUCAAAAGCGACGUAAUAGUUAAUUUUGAUCUCUUUUCGUCGAAUCUGGUCUUCCUGAUCUGAUAUUUCGCUAAUGGAACGGAUUCCAGAGUGAAUUGUGAAAUCAGUCCUAAACUACAGCAAUUACACAUAGAACACACAAGAAUUCAUCACUUUGGAUUGAGCGAGUCUCCUGGCGAAUAUAAAAAUGAAACUAUCACUCUUUGGAUUGUUAUUAUUCUGUAUCACUACAACCGUUUUAUGUCAAGGUGAUACUGAGGACAUCCCAGGUGAACCUAAGGAUGAUGCAGACAUUCCUGCUUCCUGGCUUGACAUCUUGAGCAAGCUUUCCCAGAUCCUGAACGACAAGAACAACAAACCCGACAUCACUACACCGACCAGCCAAUCAUACCCCGAUCAGCCAAUCGACCACCAUACCGUCAAUGAUGACAAUAAUGUUGAAGGCACUGACGUGGCUACCACUGUUGUCUAUGAAUACGUGAAUGGAACCAAGUUCUGGGAGGACGAGGAAGAUGGCAUACCACUUCCCGACACAGUUUCUCCUUUCAUUAGCGUCCUUGAUGGCGUCGAGAAUGGUGAUAACUCGUCUGCCGAUUCAACAAAUUCGCUGUCGAUCAACAACGAAGAAGCAGAACCUCCAUCAAAUCAAACGUCAUUCACAGACUCAAAUCUAACUCUUCAGGAAGCCCUCGCCAUUUUACGGGAUCGAAACCAAGAGAAUAACUUCCAUGAUCAACAAGACGGGGAGGAAGAAAGGCAAGAACCACCUCAGAACAGCACCGACCUGCACGCCGACAAUGUCAUCGACCAUCUCUCCGAAGAGACAUCACUAUCUCGUCUUUAUUAUCAUCAAAAUUCAACGACAGGGACCAAUCAAAUUAUUUCAGAUGACAGGAACAGAACAGUCGAUAUAGAAGAUUUUGCAUCGGCGACCCCAACUCCACCAAAGAACAAUUACACUAUGGUUUCAACGAACGCUUCAUCAUCCAGACCUAAAGUUUUGGGAGAAAAUGCAUCUCGAACAGACAUGACAGAGAGACCUUCGAUGGAGACGACAUCACGACUUCUUGAAGUCAACAUAACUUCCUUGGAAUCAGGCCAGGGUGAAACCCAGCAGUCGGAUAAUCUAACUCUCCAGAAUAUGAGCAGCACGGCGGUAGGAAGCAGCUCGUCACCAUCAUCUGGAAAUCUAAACCAAUAUACCUACAAGACGGAAGAUGAAGGAGUCUCGCAAUCGUCAACAGGUAACGGCGUCGAGCCAUCGUUCGAGGCAUCCGUCGAACCAACCCCUACGGAACUCCCUCCGCAGUUCUGGGCCGUCAACGAUAAGGGUGAUGACAAUGAUUCGAUGUCGAAGGAAAACUACUUUUAUAGCGAACUUCUCCCUGCAACUGAGGAAGGUUCAACGGAAACCCUUAAAGACAACACGACACAGAAAUGCGACUGGAUGGGCAAGAGCAACAACAAUGCUUUCAUUAACCUUGUCGACAAGAUCUGUCACCUUCUCAGACCUCUCCCGAUCUUCUUCAACAUCCUCAUGCUCAUGAUACUCGGUAUCAUGACCGUGGUCGUCUGCUGGCUCAUAUGUCUAUGUGUUCGAUGUCGUCGACGUCGACGCAGGAAGGGAGGUGAAGAGAAGGACAGCCUGAUUGAGGAAGGAACACGGAAAGAGAAGAGAUCGUUGCUAUAUCAGUUUAGCUAAUCAAAACCUUGAUAUAAUAUGGUUGCCAACAAUCACCACUGUAGAUCAAAAUUAUAGCAACGGUUGAAUUCACAUUUUUUUUCAGGAAGGUGGGGACAAGAAGAGGCAAAAUUUG